GGGGCUGGCGCCAAUUCGAAGAGCGGGUCCGGGCGCCAGCCAGCUCCGGCCAGUCCCGCCGCGUCCCGCCAUGCCCGAGCAGCAGCGCCCGGCGUCCCCGCCGCACGGGGAGCUGCAGUACCUGGGGCAGGUCGAGCACGUCCUGCAGCGCGGCCACCGGAAGGAGGAUCGGACCGGGACCGGCACCAUCUCCGCGUUCGGACUGCAGGCGCGGUACAGCCUGAGAGAUCAGUUUCCUUUGCUGACGACAAAACGAGUGUUCUGGAAGGGAGUGCUGGAAGAGCUGCUAUGGUUUAUCAAGGGUUCAACAAAUGCUAAAGAGCUCUCUGCAAAAGGAGUGAAGAUUUGGGAUGCCAAUGGAUCACGUAAAUUCUUGGAUAAACAAGGUUUCACUGACAGAACAGAAGGGGAUUUGGGACCAGUGUAUGGUUUCCAGUGGAGACACUUUGGAGCUGAAUACAAAGAUAUGAAUACAGAUUACUCAGGCCAAGGAGUGGACCAGCUGCAGAAUGUAAUCGACACAAUCAAAAACAAUCCAGAUGACAGAAGAAUCAUCAUGUGUGCUUGGAAUCCCAAAGAUAUUUCACUAAUGGCUUUGCCUCCUUGCCAUGCUCUGUGCCAGUUUUAUGUUCUAAAUGGUGAACUGUCUUGCCAGUUGUAUCAGAGAUCUGGAGACAUGGGACUGGGGGUGCCUUUCAAUAUCGCCAGCUAUUCACUGCUCACAUAUAUGAUUGCCCAUGUCACAGGCCUGAAGCCUGGUGAAUUCAUACACACACUAGGAGAUGCUCAUAUAUAUCUGAAUCAUGUUGAACCUUUGAAAAUUCAACUUCAGAGGGAACCACGACCUUUCCCAAAACUCAAAAUUCUUCGUAAAAUUGAAAAUAUCAGUGACUUCAAAGUAGAUGACUUUCAGAUUGAAGACUAUAACCCACAUCCAGCUAUUAAAAUGGAGAUGGCUGUUUAAUGCACUUAACUUUUUAAACAUGAUAGGAGUCUGUUUCAUAAGUAUGUUACCUUCUCUGUACUUAAGCUCAAUACGAUGCUCUUCAAUGUUGCUAAAACAGUUAAAUAACUUUGAAAGGGGUCCUGUUCUAGACCACGGACUGUUCAGAAGCAGGUUAACAGUUGUGAAGUACCUUUAAUGAGAAAUGUAUGUUAGGUUGCCUUCCUGCAGGUGUCAUUGAACCAAAUCUUGGUGUAAAAGAAAAAAUGAGCACUGUUUACUAGUCAGUCUUUGAGUUCAGAGAUCUCUGUUGGAACGUGACUCUGGGCUGUAUAUUUCUACUGUCUAUAAAUCAUUCAGGAAUUGGCUGGAGCCCCCCUUAAGUUGUUACGGGGUUUAAGUUAACAUUUCAAGCUUUUCCUUGUUCUGCACUGUAGCCUGAGCAGUGAGAAGUGUUUAGUCUUAUUCUGUAUUAGUUACUUACCCUUAAGUAUUUAAACAAAACACUUGUUAUAGCAGGAUUUUUUUAAGCUUGAAAAGUAGUGAUAAGAAUGUUUAAUAAACUUGUAUAAAUAUUUUUAA